UUGUCUAUUUUAGGACUACAAGAUUUUGAUUCGAUCCGAUUUGCCACAUAUAGAUGUGCUUGCAAAUUACGCUUCAUUCAGAAGAAGACUAGUGUACAUCUAGUAGAUAUAUGGAACAUGAUUGAAUCAUUUCGUGAAAAUGGUUUAAACGCCCUUCCAAUAACGUCACAGGUGAAAAUUUCUCGUCUGGAGCUGUUACUAGCAACGAUUUUCCAUAAUUUGAACAAACGUUUGCCCAGCGCACAGCAUAUCGAUACUGAUAAAUCUAUCUCACUUCUAUUGAGCUUUCUCGUCGGUGCGUAUGACAGGCAGCAAACUGGCCGUUUGACAGUCUUUUCGAUCAAAAUAGCUCUUGCUACGAUAUGUGCUGGUAAACUGAUGGAUAAGUUACGGUAUGUAUUUUCACAAGUCUCUGACAGUAAUGGCAUAAUGGAAUGGGAUAGAUUUAGUGAUUACUUGCAACAAGUCCUUGCCCUUGCUACAGCUGUUUUUGAAGGCCCAACAUUUGGCUAUACUGAAACAGCUGUAGAGCAAUGUUUUCAGAAGGACCAGCCCGUAAAUUUAAAUAUGUUUUUGGAUGUAAUGUUGGCGGAUCCUUGUCCACCAUGUUUAAUGUGGUUACCGCUGCUGCAUCGCAUGGGAGGUGUUGAACAUGUUUACCAUCCGGUUGUAUGUAAUGCAUGUCAGGUCCGAUCAUUCAGUGGUUUCCGGUAUAAAUGUCAGCGUUGUACGAAUUAUCAGUUGUGUGAGCGCUGUUUCUGGCGAGGACGGACAAGUUUGACUCAUUCUAACGAACAUGAAAUGAAGGAAUACUCCAGCUAUAAAUCACCCACGAAACAAUUGGCCCAUUCAAUACAUAAAUCUUUGCGAUGUGUACCAAUGGCUAAUCGUUCCACACACCCAGUAUUUCCGGAUCGGCCAGAACGCCCUCUUGAUCUUGCUAAUAUUGUACCUUUGACCCCCACAAUAUCCAGAUCGCGACAUUCGGAAGUAGUGAAUGAUUGGGAUGAUAAAGUUUUGCCUGGACAGUUUCCGGUGAUCAAUGGGAUAGCUGUAGAUGAUGAGCACAAAUUGAUUGCACGAUAUUCGGCGAAACUUUCGGGUCGAACUCAAGUACUUCAUUUGCACAAUUUUAUGUGUAACAUUUUUGGUAACGAAAGGACAUUAAUUGCACGUCUUGAAGAAGAGAACGGUGAAAUGUUACGUGAGAUGGAAAUGUUAAAGCAACAACAGAAUACAGAUGACCAGUUAAGUGGAUUGCGUGAACGAAAAGCGCAACUAGAAGAGAAAAUGCGUGUCAUGCAACAAACACGCAGACAGCUGAUGCAACAGUUGGAAGUGCUGAUGUCAGAGCUAAAUCAAUCGAGGGGUGGAAGUAUGAGUGCUAUACCGGAGUCACUUUCUGGUAUUGGAGACCGUGUUUCCUCAGCUUUUCGAGAUCUACCUGCUGCACAGUUGCAAGGAGAUCUUCUUCAUGCAGCUGAUGAUAUAACCAAUAAUAUGAAUACAUUGCUCAGGGAACUUGAACAUGAUUGA